GCGGGUGGGGCUGUGGCCACAAGGAGAGGGAUUCGCCUUGACCCAUUCUGCCCCAGGGCGAAACAUUAGGGCUGGCGGACAGAGGCAGAUAUUGAUCCAAUGGAAGUCAGAGCUGUGCAGAGGGUUGAGUUUCUCUGAGGUAAUGAGCUCCCCAUCCCGGAAGGUAUUCAAGCAUAGCUUGGGGGUGUUGUCGAGAAGAUUCAUAUGUCAGGGCAUACUUUUAGACGCUGUCUAAAUUUACUGACAAUGGCCCUCUGCAGCCCUCAUUUUAGGAUUCAAAUGAUAGAAGUAGGUUUAACUCUUGCUUGCCUGAAGAUAAACAGGACACAUGAAUGGGCAAACUCCUGUCCCUCUGCCUUGUUACUCAGUCACGCUCUACCCCAGGCUGCCUCUGCACUCUUCUACCUGCUUGCCCUAUUCAUCUUUACCCGACUUAGCAAUGGUGGUGGGGAGAGGGUAGGUGGCGAGCCCCUAUUCACAGUGAGAAAUAGGCCGGGAGAGGGUGGAAAUCUGGAGUUAGGAACCCUCAGGAACUUCUUUCCAAAGAUCAGGCCAAGUCUAACUUGUAUCUUUGGCCCUCCAGCUGGGGCAAAGCUUCCCCUGUCCUUCAAUCAAGACUGUAGAAAAUGGUGACAAUCUUUUCAGCCUUCUCCUCCCUUCACCCUCCCAGCUUUGUCAAAGUCUUCAGCCUUCCCAUCCUUGUCCCAUAGCAGGCUCACACCCUGUGGGCUCUCCACAGGAGCUGAUGCUCUUGGGAAGGGAUGUGGGAUGGGUGGGCUCAUAUCUAGCCUCAAAGGGUUUGGAGGGUGGGGCCAGGGUGGUAGCAGGGUGAGUGACAGCUGGCUAGACUAAUCAGGAUGAACACCAUUUACUGAUUAGCUACUCUGUGCCUGGCCCUGAGCUCAAUAUUCUAUGUGUAUCAGCUGACAGUACUCAGGACAACUCCCCAAAUAUGCAUUCUUGUCUCACUUUUACAAAUGAGGAGACCUGUUAUACUAAGUUAUGGGUACACUCAAGGUGACACAGAAAAUAGCAGAGAAUUCAAACCCAGGGUGGAGCGAUGCCAAAGCCAUCAAUCACAUCAGGCUGUGAUUGGGAAAGGGCAGUGGACUGGCCUCUUGCAGCCCAGAGACCUAGGAGUGGGUGGGGGAAGGGUGACUGGGAGCCAAUCUCAAAAUGACCGUGGACAGCCAGAGAUGGGCAAAAGUGUUUGGAAGCAGAGGCAAAGGCUUCCCAGUGGGUCUCUAACAUCCCACCUCCUGCCUGGCCUGGCCCCUGACCCCACAGCUCUGUGCAAACAGCUCUGGCUCCCGCUGGCCACCCUCUCCUCUCCUGGUUUCUGAAAACCUAUAAAACCUUUUCUUCACCUGCUGACGAGUUGUCUCCAUCCCUACACUUCCUCCUCGGCCUGUGUCUCACUCCAACUUUCCCAGGUUCCCCUUCAUUCCAGGCAGACUCUCCCCUGCUCCCAUGCUUCUUCCCUUCCUCUCGGCCAUCUCUCCUGACCUUCUGCCCCUGCCAUAUCUCCUCUUCUACUCCACAUCCUCUCUCUCCUCUCACUUUGCAAGAUCCACUGCUCUCACACUAAAAUAUUCAUAGCGGAUGGGACCAGAACACUAGGGGAGCCCUGCCUGGCGCUCUGCACCUUUUUACGCUUCUGGUUUGGUCAGUCUGUCCCAGCGCCCAGUUCAGCGGCAGGACCAGGUCUAUGGUUCCAGGAGGACAUCUAGCCAUUCAGCUGACUAGGCAGUCCCCCUACAAUGAAUGACAAACCUUCCCAAUGCCUCCGACCCCCAGCCCUCCUGAGCCCCCAUCCUCCCAUGAUGGACAAGCAGUGGGGCAUGGUAAUCCAUGAAACACAGAGGUAAACACAGCUCUGGGGUGCUGGGUAGGGUGGCUGAGACCCUGCCAUGGGGCUUCACGCCCUACCCCAAAGUGGCCCAGAAUAAAGGGAUGCCCAGGACUCACCCCAUCUCUGAGCUGCAGUGAGGGAAGCAGACGCCUGCUCCUGCAAGGGGGCACAUGCCCCUCUCCAGCUUGGGACUGUCCAGUGAGCAUCUCCUUGGUCAGGAUGUUUUAGCUCCCUCCUCCCUCUGCCCUCCUCCUCCCAAUGAGCUCAUCUGUCUGGGGCUCCCCACCCCCCUUUGCCUGAAGGGAUGUUUGGAAAGAACCUGGCAGAAAACAGAAAAAGAGGAAGGAAGGGAUGGAGGAGGUGCGUGAGCCCAGAGCCCUUAGAGAAAGUGGAGAUGGGUGAGGAGAGCUCAGGAAGAGUUCAUCGCUGCUCCAAGUCAGAUUCGAGGUGGGCUGGGGAGCAGCGGGCGAGGGGGCCAGUACUGGUUCCUUGCUGGGCUGCUGAGCCAUGUGCCUGCGGGUUGGUUUGGUGCAUGCUGUCCUGUUAACCCCCUCAGCACCUGCCAAACUUCAGUGGAUGCUGAGACUGUGGCUGAGGCAAGUGAGCACUGAGCUGGAGGGCAGGAAUGGUCUCUUCCUGGUCCCUGUGUCCCUGUCGCUGGAGGUAUCUGUGGGAAAGGCCACUACCAUCUACGCUGUCAACGGCACGGAGAUCCUGCUGCCCUGCACCUUCACCAGCUGCUUUGGCUUCCAGAACCUGCGCUUCUGGUGGUCCUACAACAGCAGUGAUACAUUCAAGAUUCUCAUAGAUGGGAUCGUGAAGAAUGAGAAGUCAGACCCCAAGGUGAAGUUGAAAGAUGAUGACCGCAUCACUCUGGAGGGCUCUGUGAAGGAGAAAAUGAACAAUAUUUCCAUUCUGCUGAGGAACCUGGAGUUCAGCGACACGGGCAAAUACACCUGCCACGUGAAGAACCCCAAGGAGAAUUACCUUCAGCACCAGGCCACCAUCUUCCUCCAAGUUGUUGAUAAACUGGAAGAAGUGGACAACACAGUGACACUCAUCAUCCUGGCUGUUGUGGGCGGGGUCAUUGGGGUCCUCGUCUUCAUCCUGCUGGUUAAGAAGUUCAUCGCCUUCAUUAUCAAGAAGACUCAGGAGAAGAAGAAGGAGUGCCUCGUGAGUUCAUCAGGGAACGAUAAUACAGAGAAUGGGUUACCUGGCUCCAAGGCGGAAGAGAAAGCACCAAAAAAAGUGUGAGCCCUGCUUGGGGCCAAGCAGCCGCCGGGAGCCUCGCUUUCUAAUGAUGAAACUGAUGCCUGAGCCGUGUCCGUGAACCCACGUGCCUGAGACACCUGCUGCUUGGCUCAAACUGUAGUCUUUCCGGGCGGGGAGAAACUGGGGUCCUGUCCAGCCUGCCCCACCCCCUUCCCCACCAGGGCUCCCCAGGGACAAGGGCUGGCCAAGGGAGGGACCCUGUGGAAGGUUCAGGAAAGGAAAGGAGGGGCUGGAGCGGUGUGGAGGGCCGGUCCCCCGACACCUGGGUAGAUGGUCUCCUUCAGUGUCCCCACCCUGGACAGGGAAUGCCUUGGUUUUCCUCCAGAUGUCUCUUUGUGAGAGACUUGGGGGGUUGGUGAGGGCUGUCCCGGUAGCUGGACCCUGAGUAUGGAGGACUAACCCUUCUACGGUGGGAGUGGCCAGAGGACUCUGUACAGCAUCCGAGGGUGGGAGGCUGCUGGAGGGGUCCUACAGUGAGAGGCUUUGAUGGAUUCCUGCUGCCCCACAUCCUUCUAGUGAGGAACUCCCCUUUCCCCCCACCCCUGGGUGCCUGCCUGCCUGUCUUGGUUCUGCCCCCCCCCCGACCCCAAGCUGCUCAGUCUCUGAACCCUCCCAUCUAGGGCUGCCACCCUGGUCUUGGGGGCUCCUAGCCCACCUAGUCUGCUCCUCUGAUCUCUGGGCCCUGAGGGCUCAUGCAGGGGUCCCUCAGGCCUUCCCAGAGCACUGGGGCUCCACCUACACCUUUCCUAGUAUUUCUCCUUGGGGGAGCAGGGCUGCAGAGGUGGGCCUCUUGGCCACGGAACGCUCACCCCAGCCCUGCCAACGCUGGCUGCCCCUUCUCCUCGGCAUGGCAGGACCAUGGCCACUGCUGGGAGCUCGCAGCCAGCUCCGCCCUGCUCCUCUUCCCCUGAAGCAGCAGGUGGCGCCAUCUUGCUUGAGGAGUUGCUCCUGUGUUCCUCCAGCUUCUCCCUGCCCAGGGGUGUUCAUCUCCAUCCCUGCGUCAAGGCUGGCCUUCACCUCGGGGACCCUGUUGCUUUGGAUGGGAGGGCCCUUGGGUUUUCUGUCUGCUUCCUGCUCAGCUGUGCCCCACUCUCACCCCAGGGUUGGGGAGGUGCAGGGAGAGAGUGCCCAGGGUUUUCCUUUGCUUUUCCACGCACUGGUUUGCACACCCCUUGCGUAUGGGGCUAGACUGUGCCUUAGCUCCUGAGUCCUGGCUCAUGUGGUUCCUCCCCGCCUCAGCCCCUAGGGAACAGCCAGCUCUGGUGGGCCCUGGUGAGGGUCCCGCUGCCCUCACCCAGGGUCAGGUAGGGGACCAGGGAGCUGGAGUUGUGUCGUUAAUAGCCCGCUGGCCAGCCACUGAGUCUUGGAGGCGUCUGCCAAGUGCUCCCGUGGGCCCCUUACAGGCCAUGUCGUGGUAUUGUCCCUGUGGGGCUGGGGAAGUGAGGGGGGCCGGGGCUGUGAUCAUGGAGGAAUCCGCCAUCUGCUCCCACCCCCUCACUCUCUUGUUGAAUUCCUGACACUCUGUCCUCUGGGCCCCUGGGAGGGAUGAGAGGGGAGUAGCCCCCUUUUCCAAAGUGUGUGGGGACUGCCUGAGGACUCUCCCUGCCAAAAAGCAGCAGCGAGCGUCCCCAAGGGUGCAGGUUUGGGGAGGGGGAACAGGAGUGCCUGCAGGGCAGCCAUGGCUGUGACCUGUGACCCUUGCCCAGCCUGAGGGGCUUGCAGGGUCCCACUGAGAUCUGCCUCUGUCCCUUGCGGCCUCCUCCACCCAUCCUGGGCUCAGGUUCAGAUUUUCCUGGCUUUGGGAGCAGACAGACAAGAGCCACCAGUCAUUCGGGAAACUUCGUAGGCUGCCUUCAUGCAAAACUGCUUGCUUCUCCUUUCCCAGCGUUAGCAUUUGGGAGGGCAGAGUGUCUUGUGCUCCUCUUACUCCCUUGAGAGGAAGCCAAGGCGUACAGAGUGGGGGAGAGGAAGAGCAUCAUAGGCGGCUCAUGCACAUUCUCUUGGCUCAACUUUCCCUAUCUAUAAAAUGGGUGUAAUAAUACCUACCUCACAGGACUGUUGUGAGGCUUGGCAAGUUUUGGUUUAAAAAUCUUUUUUGGCUUGGAAAGGGAUCUAGCAGUCCAGAUGUCAUAAUUGGAGGGAUUGUUCCAAGUCUGUCCUGUCCUCAUCUCUGUGUCCCAUCCCCAUAGUUCACACACACACACGCACACGCACACGUACACGUACACACACUCUCUCUCUUCUCUGUCUCUCUCUUCCCACCCCUCCCCCUUGGAAUUGUUUUAGUCUUUGUAAUGUUAGAACCCUGGCUCUGAUGCUUAAAGUUUCCUGUCCAUGGCUUUUGUUUGGUGGUUUUCAGUAGAGGUGAUUGGGACUGUAGCGGGGACACUUUUGGCUGCCCCAGUGCCUGAGGGCUCUACUGACAUUUAGUGAAGGUGGGGGCUAAGAAUGCUAAACUUAGUCCCCACCACAAACACUGUCCUGCGCCAAGGCCGGGAUUAUAGCCACGGAGAAACCCUGGCAUGAAUUUGCCGUAGAAGAUGUAUGGGCAAAGCCAUCUUACCAGGCAGACCCUCAGCAAGUGCAGGUCUCCAGGGGCUGGUGAGGGUGUUUUCAGGGCCUGUGGGCUAGAGAGAGCCAUUCACAAAGUUGAACUUGGGAGCCCUGGACACACGCAUCUAUGCUGACAGUAAGGUCAGGAGACCGUAGAUGAAGCGUUUCCCAGCUCCCCGUCCUUGACCCCGCAUAGGACCUGAGCAUUCCAGGCCUUGGGAUUCUCCCGGUGCAGGAAGUGAGCAGAAGGCAGCCAGAAGGAACCUGGGGUGCUGGAGAGGUCUGGAAGAGAGGCCGGUAGAGCUCAGGGAGGGAGUGAGAGCGAGCUCCUGAGAUGGGGGCAGCUGAGGGUGUGCCUGGGUGGCGUGCGUGUGUGGAAAUGCAUGACUGUGGGGUGGGUGGGCCAUGCAUGGACGUCGGGGUGUAUGAAGGUGUGUGUAAAGGCUGAGUGUGCCUGAGAUGGGGGAGGUUCUGCACGUUUCAGGAGCCAUCUUCCCUGGCCAGAGCUAUAUCCGUUGGGGCACCUGGAGGCUGAGAAAGGAUAGGAGACAGAGGGGGAGAUCAGCCGUGCUCCUGGGCUCCGUAACGCCGUGACUCCAUCUCAUUGUCACAGACAGAUGCCAUCAGAGUGCUGGGGGGAGGGAGUGCCAGGAGGGGGCACUUCUCUGGGGAAAAUCCUACAGCUUGCUUCACUUUACUUUGUCCCAGGUGGGAGUCCUUACCCUCCCACCCGAUACACAGUGCUUUUGACUAUCUUAUGCAUGGUUUAUUCCUCUGCCUUGAAUGACAAUAUACUCAUAGUCAAUUUCCUAUGGAACUAUAGAUGGAAACAAUGCAGCACAAACGGGCCUUGGGGGGCCUCAGAUCUGCAGGUGCCUCCUGGGAGGCGCAGAUGUGCACACACCCAGCACUGACUUGUGUUCAAGCACAGAAUGAAUGUGAUCAGACUGUCUUGGCUUGACAACAUGUUUUGCAUUGUAGAGUUUUAUCUAGCUUUGCCUUGGAUGAAAUAAAAAUUAUGUUUAAUAGAAA